CCUCCAGCAGGGGGCGGUGCCGCCGCCGUCACGUCGUCGUGUUUGUGGUUGCCAUGGUAACCGCGGUGUUGUGUUUGAAGCGGGUCGUGACGGACGUCGUGGAGUAACAAACAUGCUGCAAACGAGUCAAACGAGAAGAUGUCGGGAGUUCACCGGACCGACGCCUCAUUCUGUGGCCGUGAGAGCAAAGCUCCCGCCGUCGAGGCUGGUGGAUCAGCUGAUCGUGGACAGACAAAAACAGGACGCGGCCCGAGGACGAGCGGUGCAGCUGAAGACGGAGCAGCAGAGCUGCGACGUGAAGAACUCGUGGCUGAAGAAGUCAGACGGACGCUUCCUGAGACGGACCAUCGAGAGACGAGUCCAGGCUGCGGUGAGACAGAACCAGGUCCAGAUCCAGGACAGGAGAGACAGGCUGCGUGUGCUGUUGCAGAUGGAGGAGCAGCAGCUCCUGCAGGAGAUGGAGGAGAAGGUGGAGACUUCAGUGGAGAGACAGGCGAAGAUGAGAGAGCGAGCUCGAACCCUGAGAGAGAGAGGAGAGAGAGAGAGACAGCAGCUGGUGUCCGACAAGAUGGAGCAGCUCUUCAGGGACCAGUGUGAGGAGCUGCGGACCGUCCAGAACCGGCGCAGAGAGCAGCAGGUGUGUUUGGAGCGAGCUGCUCAGGUGAGGAGUCGACAGGAGCAGCUGAAGCUGCAGCAGCAGGAGGAGAAGAUGUUCGAGGAGCUGUGGGAGGCCGACCGCCGAGCCAAGGAGGAGCGAGAGGCAGAGAGAGGGCGGAGGCAGCAGGAGAGGAGCAAGGAACAGCUGGACGUCCUCAGGAAACAGAUGGAGGCUGCAGAGCAGCACAGACUGCAGCACCGACAGCUGAAGGAGGAGGAGGCCACACUCAUGGUGCAGCAGCAGGUGACGGAGCGUCUGCAGCAGCAGCGUGAGCAGCAGCAGAAGCUUCAGGAUCAGCAGAGUCGGCGGCAGCAGCUGGAUCAGAGUUUCCGGCUGAAGAUGAAGCGUGUGGUCAGAGAGCAGCAGGACGAGCUGCAGCUGGACAUGGACAUCCUGCAGCAGCUGCUCAGACAGGAAACUGAUGACAGACAGGAAGCUGCUCACAGGAAGGCUGAGCUGCGUGAGGAGCAGCAGAUGUACCGGCAGUAUCUACAUGACGAGCUGCAGAAGCAGAAGCAGGAAGAGGAGGAGACGGAGCAGCUGAUGGAGGAGAAACUGAAGGAGGUGUGGAGUAAACGAGAGGAGCAGAGUCGGCUGCAGAGGGAGGCCAGGAACAGGAUGAUGAAGGAGGUGAUGGAGGCCCGAAAGCUCCAGAUACAACACAAACUGGACAUAAACCUGCAGAGACAGGUGGAGCUGUCCAAAGAGACAGACGAGCUGAACCGACUGAUGGAGGAGGCAAAGCUGACGGACGAGGAGGACAAAAGACGUCAGAGGCAGGCCCGGGUGGUGUACCAGGCGGAGCUGAGGUCUCAGGUGGAGCGGCAGCAGCAGCUUCGAUGUGAGCGGCGAGCUCAGGAGGAGGCGGAGCAUCAGCAGGGUCUGAUCCAACAGGAGCUGUACGACCAGAGGAAAGACCACAUCCUGUCCAGACCCAUGUCUCACAGCACCGCCCGCCACCCGUUUAGACAGGCGGAGGGAUCCAAGUCUGCCUUCAUGCUCCGCCCCACAUGACCUCCACCUUACUCUGAUGUUUGAAUAAAGUCUGUUCACACUGA